GAGAGAGAGAGAGAGAGAGAGCGAGCGAGAGAGAGAGAGAGAGGGAGCGAGAGCGAGAGAGAGCUGAUAAACAACAACAACCUCGUUCUCGCCAACCAUUUGUACCGGAUUUAGCUCUAAUACGGUGGCCCCGGGUGUACGAGAGUGAGGGGACUGUCUCAGCGUGCGUGUCGAAGCCUCGGCUGCGGGGACAUCUAGUGGACAUUACGGAGAAUACACGCGGUUCUGCGGCAGAGAUGUACGGCGCAUCAGGUAUACCCGAGCUGAUACCGCCCAGCGGUCCGCCGAGGCAACCCGGUCCGGCCGGCCAGUACAACCCAGGACACCAUCAGGUGAACGGCCGCGGGGGAGGACCCAACCCUCAGAGACUUGGUCAGAGGGCACCCAAACUUGGGCAGAUAGGGCGGUCAAAGAAAGUGGAGCUGGAGGACGAGGAUUUGGAUGACAUCAUGAACAACAAUGGACAAUGUCCUGUCUCCCUCUCGCCCAUCUCCUAACAUUACCAAGAAGUGCCAAAAUCUCCUGGGGUGCCAAACCCCAUAUCAGAUAUCUGGCCUUGAUCGUUUCAAGUGACCUCCAGAGGCUUCUGACGGUUUAACGUGGCACAUAUUGCCAGGUGAAGUCCAGACCUAGUUUGUACAUAGUGUUUAACUUAUCUUUGAUCAGACUGUGAAUGAAUUGUUCGGCAUUUCUCUCUGCUGUAUACCUCGGGAGGUAGUAGGCAAGAAGGACAUGGGAAAGAUAUUUAAAGGAGUGGGUUUUUUUUUCCGAGCUUCUUUAAAAAGGGCUACAUUUCCAAAGUUGCACUGAGUAAAGCGAUGAGACGAAGCGCACCCUAUCACCAGCCUUUCCUUUUAUGGUGGGGGUUACUUGUUUUCUUUGGGACAGUUUGUGUGACGGAGUGGAAACCUGUUAACUUGUAAAUCCGCAGGUAAAAUGUCAAGCUUCGGUUGUGCCGGGACUAUCAUUCUUUACUCUUGACACCGACAAAAGCGGUAUACUAUUAUUCUGUGGACGAAUGCUCGCUAUUUUGAAAACAGUUAACAAAGACAAAGCUACUGAUGAUUAUUUAUUGUUCAGAAAAAAGCAUAACAGUUGUAUGUGUUAUUAUGGCUUAUAUACUUAUUUUUUACUUGUUUCUCAGUGGAUUUUGUUUUGAUCACCUACGAUUAGGAUUUGUCAUGUUUUGAUAAGUAAUGGUGCACUUUGUUGAAAUGCCUGUCAUGUGCUGUGUGACAUGUUGCCGAAUUCUAUGCAUGGAGUCUUUCGAGGCAUCGAAACACGUAACCAGUAUCCCAUCAUUAAGGGCUGCACACUGUAGUAUUUAAACCUUGAGGUCGGACUAAAAAUGUCUCGCUGGCAUAAAGAACAGACCCGUAAGUGUGGCAUCAUCACAAAUAACGACGGCGUUGCAGAGGGGGAUUCAAGAGACUGGAUUAUCCAUUCCAAUUGAAAACUGGGAGAGAAAAAAAAAGGUCAUUGUUUUUGUUUUAGUGAUAUGCCAAACUGAACUUUAAUAUCGGUUCUGAGUGGUAUCGUGACGCCGCACCAAAUGACGAGCUCUCGUUGUACACAACACUCAAUGAGUUUAUUCGUGAUGUUUUUGAAAUGAGUAAUCCUGAUCUCUGAAGUAUACCCCCCGAUGCGGUCACAACGGCUGUGCAGUUUGGGUGGAUUAGCCAUGUGAGAUAAGAGGUAGCGGUUAGGCCGCACCGCUGAGAGUCAGUACAUACUUGCUUACUUUUUUUUUCAGAUUACGUGGGCAUUGGGAAGGUUUCUGAUCUUCCCUCUAAAGGGAUGUAGGAGUGAGACAUUACCACAGAAAAAUGCACAAAUGGUUGCUGGUGUCAUGUUAAUUAGCUGGCCAUGAAAUAGUUCCUAUAGUUCACUUUAAUGAUUUUUUUUCACGUGACAGAGGCAUUGUGUUUCACAGCUCAUUCUCUUGACUCAAAGAUUGUUAUUUGGGUUGUGUGCAUUACCAUUUGCAUGGAAGUGGUGGAAUUUUUGAAUAAUGCAUUUUGGGAAAUAAAACAUUUAUCUUUA